AUUUAUAUUUUUAUGAAAUUGAAUCUUUUUAAUCAAAGCAAAGUAUAACACACUACACUAUUUUCUUUAUGUUGUAUCAUACGUACGUACACACACUUACACGUGUUCAAAAGUUUUGAUAAUUUUUAUUAUAAUCAAUCAUGACUUCAACUAACAAUUCAAUUAUAGAAUGUAAUUGUAAUAUUUGUCAAAGUGUGCGUUUAAGAAUAGAUCAAAUAUUUUGUGUAUUAGAUAUAUAUGGCUGGAUGCUAGACUUUUAUGUAGUGGAUUUUUAUAAAGAAAAAUUAUGGGACAAGUUACCAACAAGUUGGAAACUCGCAUUACAGGAUAUACCUCCAGACGAAUUUGGAUUAUGGUUGUCAGGAGAAUGUUCUUGUAAAAGAAUAUUACCCCUGUCGUUAUUGGCAUUACAUAAAGUUAUAAAUGAUCUACAAUUGAAUAGAAAUUACAAGAGUUUGAGUAAUGUUUUGCAAUGUGGAAGAAUGAAGAAAUUCAAGAAAGAAUCAAAAGAAGUAACUUCUUUAUAUUCGUCGGAUAACAAACAAAAACAAUUAGGAGAUUCGGAUUCUGCUUCUUCACAAUUUAUAAAAUUAUUCAGAAAACAUGUGAAGAAGAAAAAGACGCAUGAGAUAGAACAAAUGGCAGAGAUGUGCGCAUAUUAUGCCUACAAGUCAGACUGCAAAUCUGCAGUAGAUGUUGGAGCGGGACUUGGACAUUUAGCUAGAAUGUUAACUUGCCGAUAUGGAUUACGUGUAGCUUGUAUCGAACAGGAUGAAUUAUUAUCAACAAAAGCUAGAUUAUACGACGAACAAUUGUUGAUAUCUAUACGUAAACAUAUACCUAAUUUCGCUCCUCUUAAACUGGAACAUAUAUCGAUGAAGUUAGAAACUUCUGAUCAUGCAAGAGCAGAAAUGAAAAAGCAUUUACACAAAGUAUUCACAAAUGUUUAUAACAUUAAUACAGAAUCACUUAAGUAUGGAAUUAUUGGAUUACAUCCAUGUGGGGAUUUAGCGUCAAUUCUUUUAAAUCUAUACUCGUUAAACAAAGAAGCAAGAUUCAUGUGCAUCGUGGGAUGUUGUUAUAUGAAAAUGACGUUAGAGUCUAAUAAUGGAAACAAACAGAAAGGAUAUCCACUUAGUUCGUACAAGUCGUUUAAGAAUCACAAGCUUUCAUAUAAUGCUUUGGAAGUGGCUUGCCACGCUAUUGAAAAGCAUUGCGAUAAAUUGAAGAACAACAACUAUACAGAUUUAAUAGUACACACCUACAGAGCGAUUUUAGAAAAUAUACUCACAGAAAGAGAUUUGUUGCCUUCUCAUAGUCAAUUGAAAAAUGUUAAAGUAACAGGAGAUAUGACAUUUAAACAAUAUUGUUUUCUUGCCACUCGUCAUCUUCAAUCUGAAUUACAGCCAAAGGAUUCGGAUCUCGAAGGACCGGAAAUAGAACAUUAUUUAGAUUAUUGGUUAAAAAUCGUUAUAUUUUCUUCUCUUAGAAUUUUACUUGCACCACUGGUAGAAACAUUAGUACUUUUGGAUAGAUUUUUAUAUCUAUCAGAAAGAAACUUAAAUCCAAUAUUAAAACCAGUAUUUGAUGCAAAAUUAUCUCCGCGUAACUUACUUUUAAUUUCUGUAAAAGAUCAUGAAGAAAUAUAAACAAACAAAGUAACAAUUUAAACUUUCACAUAAAACAGAAUUUAUUCUAUGAAAAAUCUUGCAUUAGGUAGUAGUAUGGGUAUAUACAGUUGAGCCACGUGGUUGUUUUAUCCAAAAUCCCCAUUUGGCAAAUGUUUCACCAUUCCUUUCUUCAUUUGGACCACGAAAUACUUUUAUUUUAACACGUGGACUUUUCUCUUUAAUGAAACAAUGUUAAAUGACAAUUACUAUGGAAUUUGAAAUGAGCAUACCUUAUAUACACCGAUGCAGAAUAUUCAGAGCAUGACACGUAACAAAAAAUUCAUUUCUUGUUUUAUCUAUAACUUUUUACCAAAGAGAGAAGAAAGUUGCAUUUUCUAGAUAAAAUU